UUGUCAGAAAGUCCAGAAGAACCCACUACAUCUUCUCCCCAAGCAAUGAGUGAUUCCACACUAUUUUCAAUGCCAAACUCUGCGAUUACUAGAGAAUCACUGACGUCACAUUUAAGCUUGGAAACAAGUUCAUCUGAAAUUACCAUGACUAACGAACAGGUUUCAACAGAAAGGUCAGAGAAGAUCACAGAAGGUGAAACAGAAGAACCUGAGCUCUCUACAUCAGAAGCACAAAAAAUUACGUCACUACCAAAUUUAACCACGACUGCAAAUACAGAAUCAGCUUUGACAAAUAAUGCUAUGAGUACAUCAGAAGCUUUGUCAGAAAGACCAGAAGAACCCGUUACAUCUUCUCCCCAAGCAAUGAGUGAUUCCACACUAUUUUCAAUGCCCAAUUCUGCAAUUACUAGAGAAUCACUGACGUCACAUUUCAGCUUGGAAAUAAGUUCAACAGAAAUUACCAUGACUAACGAACAGGUUUCAACAGAAAGGUCAGAGAAGAUCACAGAAGGUGAAACAGAAGAACCUGAGCUCUCUACAUCAGAAAUUCAGAACAUGACAUCACUACCAAAUUCAACCAUAGCUGCAAUCAUAGAAUCAACUUUGACAAAUAAUGCUAUGAGUACAUCAGAAGCAUCGUCAGAAAGUCCAGAAGAACCCACUACAUCUUCUCCCCAAGCAAUGAGUGAUUCCACACUAUUUUCAAUGCCAAACUCUGCGAUUACUAGAGAAUCACUGACGUCACAUUUAAGCUUGGAAACAAGUUCAUCUGAAAUUACCAUGACUAACGAACAGGUUUCAACAGAAAGGUCAGAGAAGACCACAGAAGGUGAAACAGAAGAAACUGAGCUCUCUACAUCAGAAACACAAAAAAUUACGUCACUACCAAAUUUAACCACGAGUGCAAAUACAGAAUCAGCUUUGACAAAUAAUGCUAUGAGUACAUCAGAAGCAUCGUCAGAAAGUCCAGAAGAACCCACUACAUCUUCUCCCCAAGCAAUGAGUGAUUCCACACUAUUUUCAAUGCCAAACUCUGCGAUUACUAGAGAAUCACUGACGUCACAUUUAAGCUUGGAAACAAGUUCAUCUGAAAUUACCAUGACUAACGAACAGGUUUCAACAGAAAGGUCAGAGAUGACCACAGAAGGUGAAACAGAAGAACCUGAGCUCUCUACAUCAGAAAUUCAGAACAUGACAUCACUACCAAAUUCAACCAUAGCUCAAUGA